UAGUGAAGAAUUAUAAAACCCAUCACCGCACGAGUGUCUACAGUAGGUUGUAUUUUACGGCGCCGCGUCUCUCUGUAAGAUCAGAUUCAACCACUGGCCACGGCGUAUAGAAGCUGCACGUGUGUAACUGCGUCUUAAAACAUUUUCGCAGCCGCUCUUGUCUCAUUCUCAAUUCAGACACAGGUGAGACGAUAUGGAGCUCCAUAAUAAAGACACGUUUUCUGAUGACGUCCUGCCUGUUGUCAUUGUCGGUAAUGGGCCAUCAGGGAUUUGUCUUUCGUAUUUGCUGUCGGGUUACACGCCUUAUCUAUCCUCCGACGGCUUCCAUCCCAACCCCAUUUUGCAUAACAAACUGUCAGAAAACCCCAAUCUGUCUUUGUUUGACCAGGAUCUAGAAUACCUGUGUGAGGGUGUGGAGGGUCGUUCAUCGAACCCUGUGGCUGUGCUUUUCGAUGCCCUCCUGCUCCCUGAUGGAGACUUUGGAGUGGACUGCCCCUCACCACUGACAUGGCGAUACGAGCCGGAAAGAGCCACACCCCACCUUGUAUUGGGAAAGGGACCACCUGGAGGGGCCUGGCAUGCAAUGGAGGGCUCGAUGUUGACUCUCAGCCUGGCAAACUGGAUGGAACUCCCCGGUCUGAAGCUGAAGGACUGGAUGAGAGAUAAACGAAGAAAUUUACGUAACGACAGAGCCACACCAGCUGAGAUUGCAUCCUACUACCAGCACUAUGUGAGUAAAAUGGGACUGGGGAAGAGAUUUGCUUGCGGCACCACCGUGACGUCAGUCCAUCGGGUUGCACUGGAAUCCGGCCGCACCGUUUGGAAGAUCCAAGGUUUCCAAAAGAGAGCCAAGCGAGGUGAAGGACAAAAAGAGGUUGAGGUCCCUUUCUCGGUUUAUGCAGAGAACGUUGUGCUUGCCACAGGAACCCACGACAUCCCGGCCCGUCUCGCCGUGGAGGGUGAGAAUCUUCCCUUUGUGUGCCACAGCUUCUGGGAGCUGGAGGCUGCUAUAUCCUCGGGACGUUUGGAUCGAGCCUCCGAACCAGUUCUUGUGGUGGGUGCUGGGCUGACAGCAGCAGAUGCUGUUCUCGCAGCUCACCACUUGAACACGCCGGUAUAUCACGCCUUUCGGAGAUCCGUGACCGAUCCGGCACUCAUCUUCAACCAGCUGCCCAAACUCCUCUACCCUGAGUACCACAAAGUGCAUCAGAUGAUGAUCCAACAGCAGCACAAAGAGGACGGGACGGUGGUCAUUCUUUCCAACCCACCUGUGGCUUCACCUGCUGAUGGUACAAUCCCUUACACCAGUUACCCAGGUUACCUCAGCUUCCCAAAUCAUCGUGUGGUUGCCUUUAAGUCUGAUGGCAAAUGUGUCCUAGAGGGUGAAGGAGGGCUACAAGCCACUCUGCAGGUGUCAAUGGUGCUUGUUCUGAUCGGUGCCCAUCCGAACCUGUCAUUUCUCUCAGAACACGGCCGCCCGCUGGGGCUGUAUCCCGAAGAGCCAAUUAGCUGCCGGCGAAAUCCGUUGGAUGUGGAUCCAUACACGUAUGAGUGCUCGAAGGGGCCGGGUAUGUAUGCCAUGGGGCCACUGGUGGGUGAAAAUUUUGUGCGCUUUCUGAAAGGCGGUGCUCUGGCUAUUGCAUGUGACAUUGCACGUAAACACAAUACGGUACGGCAAAGUACGACAGAAAACCGAAUAACAAGCUUAUUGGUUAAUCAGUUGACCAACUGCAACUUGGAGGCAUAAAAAGCAUCAGGACCAUAAAAGGUGGAAAGACUUUUAAGAGGGCGAAAGGGGGGAUAUUUUAUAAGUAUCUGGACCCGUUUUUGCCACCAGCUUCCAUCAAUGAAUGCUCGAAUCACUCCGGAACCAUAAGCUUAUGGAGAAGUACUCAUUGUACUGCCCCAAGCAAAAUCUUGCACAUGAAGAGCAGGAUUUGAACUGUAAAUGCACUGACAUAGAUUUUUGUUGUAAAUAUUUGACUAAUAUGAACGUGAGUCUAAACAUUGACGGACGGAAGGUGCUUUUACGCCUUAAGGGUUUUUUCUUGUACAUGCCUGCUCACCCGAAACACUAAUCUAGUUCUUACGGCCGUCGUCUCAUGUUGUGCCAAAUUAACGUUUGUACUCACAGUGUGUUUUUAUGGUCAGAACAUUUUCUUCAUGUGACGUGAGGAAAACUCAAAACUAAACUUUGCCAGGCAAAUACUGUGGAUGUAUCAUCUUGGUACUAACAUGCUCGUUUUCGUUCUAUUCAGAAAAAUAAGCACGACACCAUAAAACGUAAUAGCAUUACGUAUUGCUGAUAUGCGGUGUGUUUUCUUUGUAUAAAUAUGGAAUCUAGCUUUUAUAUUUGUUCGUUAUUCUUUUUCAGCAGUGUUAUUUGGGUUAAUGAACCAGCAUUACAAGAUUUUAUACUACCUAAAAAUGUUUCUCUUCUGGACAUACUAGUAGAGUAUGCCACUGUCCGUAGGUUAUACCUACAACUGGAACAGAUGGUCUAAAGUGAGGAACUGUCUACUGCUCUUACUAAUGCCAAGUUCACAUUGCCCAGUUUUCAAAGUCGUUGCAUCACUGUUCUUUUCACACAGCAUGACUAUCUGGGAUAGCAUUCAGUUGCUCCAGUGUUCACAUUGAACGACGGAUCGGCGACAGGAGAUUACACACUGCAUGACUUUACAAUAGGUCAGAAUCGCGACAACUGUCUGGUCCACAAACAACAUUUCACAACCAAACGCAGGCGAGAAGUGAAACAUGAUAUCAGUGUUCUCACGCGACAUUGGAAGCCAUGCUUGCCGAUGUUGUGGUCUUCUCCCCGAACCUCAUUUUGCCUUGUAUCUUGCCUUCUCAUUGGCUGUAGGUCAUCGCCGUUGUAUUUUUCAGUCAGAACUCAUUUCACACAACAGGAUUUUGAGUCGCCGACAGGUGCAUAUAUUUAGCAUGGCAAGUAUUUCACGGGCAUCACAAUGCAUGAUUGUCACUCGCGUGAACGGGCACCGAUUUCGGAAAUCUGUCUGUGAUUUGUCAAAACCUGUCUGCGACUGAAAAUCGGGGCCAAAAUCAUGCAGUGUGAACUCUGCAUAACCCGAAGCCAAAACCUCUGUGAGGUCAGGCUGCACUUACAAAACUGCCCACACGAGGGCUUUGUGCACAGCAACUAUAAAGCCAGUUAUGUCCAUCAGACAUGAUUAUCCUUGUGAGUUAACUUGAAUUACAUUGUGUAGAUAAAUGACGUGUCCUACAUAACAUGGUUAUUAAUGCAAUGAGAUUUAUGGGCCAUAUGUAACUUUGCCUACGAGAUUAAUUUAGUCUCUAACCUGUAAAUGAGUCAUGUUAAAGGUGAAGGAUUUCUGUCAAAUGUUGCACAAUAACAUAUUGAAUGCAUAUCAUGUUUGUAUACAGUAAGAAAGUACUUGUCUCUAUUUUGAAACAUGGAUUUAAUUCUAAAAUCUCAUUUUGCUGUGUGAUUUGCCUCUUUUUAUCCCUGGCAGCUCUAAUUUGAGAAUGUUGAGAAUGAAAAUUUGUUAGUAAGUUUCUGGAAAAAAACUUUGAUAUGAAAUUUAGUACAUGAAUUGAUGCUGUCAGACACUAUUAAAACGA